UGAAAGUGGGUAGAAUAAGCACCUCGUCGGAUAAUAUGUUUCUCUUAUUCUUUUGGCUUAAAUAUUUUUUAAACGUGUCUUCUGGCGGUUAGUGAAUCGCUGGGAUAGUUUUAUGAUUCGGCGUGAUAGUGUAGAAACAUUCAGUGAAGCGAGGAAGCGACACGUGGAUCAAAACAAAGCGAACUUUCACCAAGGUUAAAAUGAAGUCGUACCUCCUGCUAUUGGCUGUCAUCAUAACUUCCGGUUAUGCGCAUGACGGUCACCAUCAUAAUUCUGGUCCAAGCAUACAAGAUAUAAAUAGCUUUAAUGACCCCGGUGUAGUCAGAAACGAAGAGCAUCUCAAAGAACACAUGCAGAAGGAGGUAAACACAGAUAAACCUAUGACUCCAGAAGAGAUGGAAUUUCACUACUUUCGCCUGCACGACACCAACAACGACACGCGGCUGGACGGACUGGAGAUACUGAAGGCGUUGAUGCACAUGAUGCCCCCCAUGCCACCGAUGCCGGCGGAGCACACCAAACAGACUCCCGAGCAGAUCGAGGAGCUCCGCAAACAACAGGAAAGCGAACUGCUUCCCAGGUUCACGAUGAUCAUUGAUAAAGUCCUUUUGGAAGAUGACGUAGACAGGGACGGUUACAUAAGUUACCCAGAAUACAUCUCGGCCAGACGGCGCGAUGAAGUACGCAUGCGUGAACACAUGGCAAGACAACAACAACAUCAUCAACAACAACAACAGUACCAAAACCAGCCUAUGCAGAACCAAAAUCAGCAACACCCACCACAACAGCAGCAGUUUCAGAACCAAGCCCAGUAUAACCAGCCACCCGCACAACCAAAUCAACAACAGUUUCAACAACAACCAAAUCAGUAUCCACCACCAAACCAACAGUAUCAGCCACCAAACCAACAGUAUCAGCCACCAAAUCAACAGUAUCAGCCACACCCGCCCAAUCAGCAGCAGUUUCAACAACAGCAGAAGGUGCCUCCCGGGGUUAAUCCACAGCACUAUCAGUAACAUGAUCUCUUGAACGAUAGAACUUUUAAACGACAGACUGUCGACACGAAGAUAGUAUCAUGGAUUGUAGUGUGUUUACAGGUACAGAAAGAUGGUCUACACCACUGCAGGCUGGGGGUGGGGGUGGGGGGGGGGGGGGGGGGGGGGGGGGGCGUAUGGUGUGGUGGUAAAAAGAUCAAACUACUCGAUGCAAAUUUUCAUACAGGGAUUUUCUAUUUAGUUUGAUAUGUCUACAAAACAGAAACAAAAACAUGUUUGACGGUCAAUGGCGGUUGUCAUUAUUCCUCUAUCCAAGAGUUUUAGCUAUAUUUAACAAAAUAUAACAGCACAGUACACUAAAAUCCUCAUAUUUCGAUAACAUUGUGGCAUCGCUUGAGGCGGGGUUGGGGUACAUCUAAAUGGUUACUUUUAUACCUGAUAACUGAUGGUUUAUGACAAAAAUAUGUUGUUACACCAAGAACAUUUAAAAUGUACUAGAAAAUAUAUUUUAUACAUGUAUAAUGAAAAUAACCAAAAAUGUGUUGGUUUUUUUGGUUUUUUGUUUGUUUUGUUUUGUUGGGUUUUUUGUUUGUUUGGUUGGUCGGUGUUUUUAAUUUUUUGUUUUUGUUUGUUUGUUUGUUUUUGUUUUCUUUUUUGUGAUUGGGGGGGGGGGGGGGGGAUUUCGAGCAUAGUGGUAUCCACAAAGUUUGAUUCAAAUUUCAUAUUGUUGAAUUACAUCAUUUAUUUCCUCUCUAUGUUUAAAGCCUACUGUACCCAAAUGACAAGAAAAAUGGUUUUUAAAAUCCGGAUCACUUAGCAAGUCUGGAAUUUAAAAGUAUUAGCUGGUUAAAACCAUUUGUUUUUAAAUGAAUACAAUUUCUGUCUGUUCAGAAUAGUAAACAACUUUGUAACCUUGGAAAAUAUUCAAAAUGUGCUUUACAUUUAAGAUCACAAUAUGUAUAACUGCCCAUCCUCCAAAUACACAUUCACUUAUUUAUGUUGAUGAUUGUAUGUUUUGUAUAUAAUAGUGUGCUGAUGAUCCACAUAAAGUAAAUAAACUUCUACUACUAGCCGUCUGUUUUAAGAUAUAUAUAUAUAUAUAUAUAUAUAUAUAUAUAUAUAUAUAUAUAUAUAUAUAUAUAUAUAUAUGUGUGUGCGUGUGUGUGUGUGUGUGUGUGUGUGUGUGUGUGUGUAUGUGUGUGUGUGUGUUUAAUUGGCCUUUGCUCGACACUUGGUCAUACCAAUGGCCGGUGUGUUUGUUCAUCUUGGGUUUGUAACAAAAAUGGCCUACUACUAAUACAUGUUUUGAAGAAACGUGCCAGACAUAAAAGUAAUCAAUGUUCGUAUUAUUCACUUCAAUAAAUGUUGAGUUUGUUUUGAUGUAGACUGUCGUACAGUAGAUUUCUAAUUUUAAUUCCAUAUGAAGCACAUAUCGUCACCACACAUUUUCGAUACCGGUCUUGGUCAGUAUGUUCACAUCUUUUCUUAUUUCUCUUUAACAUCUUUGUGUACAUAUUCUGGGUUUUAUUAUAGCUUGUAAAGAGUGUAUAAAUAUUUAUAUUGCUAAGAUAUGGUGCAAGUGUGUAUGGAUAGCCAAUGUAUAUUAGUUUAUAAGAUGAUGCUAAUCUCUCUCUCUCUCUCUCUCUCUCUCUCUCUCUCUCUCUCUCUCUCUCUCUCUCUCUCUCUCUCUCUCUCUCUCUCUCUCUCUCUCUC